UGUUUCUCUUUCCCCGCCCUCUCCGCGGAAGCCGAGCGCCAAACUUAAAACUUUAAUAGGGCCCGGGCGGCUUUCGGGCUAGUACCCGCGGGCCGGGCCUGUAGGACUUCUCCGUACACCCGCGGGGGCAGCGGUUCAACAUGAGCCAGGUUCUGUUCCAGCAGCUAGUCCCGUUGCAGGUGAAAUGCAAAGACUGCGAGGAAAGGAGAGUGAGUAUUAGAGUGAGCAUUGAACUACAAUCAGUUUCUAAUCCAGUUCACAGAAAGGAUUUGGUUAUCCGUCUGACUGAUGAUACUGAUCCUUUUUUUCUGUAUAACCUUGUUAUAUCUGAGGAAGAUUUUCAGAGUUUAAAAUUCCAGCAAGGUCUUCUGGUUGACUUCUUAGCUUUCCCACAAAAAUUCAUAGAUCUCCUUCAGCAGUGUACUCAAGAGCAAGCCAAAGAAAUUCCAAGGUUUUUGCUACAGUUAGUUUCUCCAGCAGCUAUUUUGGAAAACUCGCCUGCCUUUCUAAAUGUGGUGGAGACAAAUCCUUUUAAGCAUCUCACACACCUCUCACUAAAACUUUUACCUGGAAAUGAUGUGGAAAUAAAGAAGUUUUUAGCAGACUGUUUGAAGUGUAGCAAGGAAGAAAAAUUAUCAUUGACCCAAUCACUAGAUGAUGUUACCAGGCAACUGAAUUUCACACAAAAGACAUUAUCGGAAAAAAUUCAAGAAUUAGAUAAAUUACGUAACGAAUGGGCAUCACACACAGCAGCGUUGUCAAAUAAGCACUCCCAGGAACUGACGAACGAGAAGGAGAAGGCUUUGCAGACACAGGUUCAGUACCAACAGCAGCAUGAACAACAGAAAAAAGAUUUAGAAAUCCUCCAUCAACGAAACGUCCAGCAGCUGCAGAACAGACUGUCUGAGUUAGAAUCGGCUAAUAAAGACCUGACUGAAAGGAAAUACAAAGGAGACGCCACCAUCAGAGAGCUCAAAACAAAACUGUCUGGUGUUGAGGAGGAGCUCCAGCGGGCUAAGCAAGAAGUUCUCUCUUUGCGAAGAGAGAAUUCUACACUAGAUGCUGAAUGCCAUGAAAAAGAAAAGCAUAUUAAUCAGCUACAAACAAAAGUGGCCGUUUUAGAACAGGAAAUCAAGGAUAAGGACCAGCUUGUUUUAAGAACAAAAGAAGCAUUUGAUACAAUCCAGGAACAAAAGGUGGCUUUAGAAGAAAAUGGUGAGAAAAAUCAGGUACAACUAGGAAAACUUGAAGCUACAAUAAAAUCAUUAUCAGCUGAACUUCUUAAGGCAAAUGAAAUUAUCAAGAAGUUGCAAGGGGAUCUAAAGACUCUAAUGGGUAAAUUGAAACUGAAGAAUACAGUAACUAUUCAGCAGGAGAAACUCUUGGCUGAGAAGGAAGAAAAAUUACAAAAGGAACAAAAGGAAUUACAAGAUGUUGGACAGUCUCUCCGAAUUAAAGAGCAAGAAGUAUGCAAACUACAAGAACAAUUAGAAGCAACUGUUCAGAAACUUGAAGAAAGCAAACAACUUCUGAAAAAUAAUGAAAAAUUAAUCACAUGGUUAAAUAAAGAACUAAAUGAAAAUCAGGUAGUGAGAAAGCAAGAUGUGUUGGGACCUUCUACCACCUCACCUCUACAUUCUGGGAGCAAUACCAUCAGAAGUGGAAUUUCUCCAAACUCCAAUGUGGUUGAUGGUAGACUGACUUACCCAACUUGUGGGAUUGGUUAUCCUGUCUCCUCUGCGUUUGCAUUCCAGAACACCUUUCCCCAUCCUCUAUCUGCCAAAAAUACUAUCCAUCCAGUUUCAGGACCAAAGGUUCAGUUUAAUUUGCAGUUUACAAAACCAAGUACAUCACUUGGAGAUGUUCAAUCAGGAACUAUUAAUCCUUGCUCCACUGAUAAGGAAAAUGGUGAAAAUUUAGGGCUGGAGUCCAAGUAUCUGAAGAAAAGGGAAGAUAGCAUUCCUUUACGGGGGCUCAGCCAGAAUCUGUUUAAUAAUGCAGAGCAUCAGAAAGAUGGCACUGUAGGAGCAUUACAGGCAUCUUCAAAGCCCGCAGUGCUUCCUUCUGCGUCUUCAGCGUAUUUCCCUGGGCAGUUACCGAACAGUUAGUCCUAGUAUCAUUCACUUUAUUUUUUUUAAUUUUUAGAAAGUUGCGUGGCUUAAAAAUAUAGUGACAGCAUAGAUCAAAUCUUAAACAAGCAAGUUGACCUGAGCUGCUGUAUUGGAUUGGUUCCUUUCAGUACUGCUCUCAUUUAUGCAGUUGAGGGGAGCAAGUUUGUACUUAGGGAUUGGUGAAGAUUCUGAGCAAAUGACACUCUGUAGUUUGGAACAUGGUGUUUUAUAGAAUACUAAUAUGAAUUUUAUUAAACUAAUCCUUAGACAUUCUCAGAAGUUCUAAGGAAAGAGUUGAACCUUGUAAAAGACAUUCUAAUCAUACUGAAUAUCUGGGUAAAUUACAGCCUGUUCAGAUGGAAUAGUAUGAAGCCAAAGAAUUCUAUCAAUUCAUUUUAUCAUUUUUAUUAGUACAAUAAAAAUUUUAAAUUUGCCAUCGUAGAAUUAUGAGGGAAAAUGAUUAUCUCCUGAGGUAUCUGUAUUGAUAUUUAAAGGGAAAAGUCCUAAAAUUGCCUUAGAAUGAAAUAAAUAAAUCCUUCAUAGCAAGUAAAUAUUUUCCUUGAAACCUUUAAAUUAGCUUUUGAAUAAGUAUUAAUUUUGAUAAAUUUACUGUAAAAAUGUUUUGGACAGUCUAUUUACAUGACCACAUCAGGGAGAAAGCACUGUGGCCAUUUGAGCUUCAGAGUUUAUAGGGUUUUAAUGCUUCCUGGAAGUCUGCACUCACCCAGUUUUUUUCAUUUGGAAUUCUAGUUGUUACGCAGUUAUAUCUGUAUUAGUGAAAUUUUGUUUUAAAAAUUAGUAUUUAUACAAAAUCUUUACUAUGAGACCAUCAUGAAUUCUCAUUUUUAUAUCAGAAUGGGUUCAUUUUCAUGCUUGCUUAAUACAGUAGGCAAAAUGACAAACUGUAAGAAGUUACUAACUUUCUUCACUUCCCUAUAAUUACAAGUUUCAAACAAGAAUUGCUCCUUGGAAAAAAAUGAGGUGAUUUUUAAAAAAACUCACCCAGAAUCACAGGGUCCCAUUUUGUUUUCUUGUUGACCACCAUCCAGUAGAGUCACAUUCUCUUGAGAAAACUAAAUCAGUUUUUGUUUGUGGAGAUUGCUAAUGCUCAUGUGAUACUUAAAUUACUUUCAAGGACCUUAUUACACAGAUGAGGAAAGAGACAUUUCAAGAUAUUAAUGACAUACCAAUGUUACUGGCUUCCAUGGCAAGACAAAGAAUCUUUGCUAAUUUUUUUAUGAAGACACAAUAUUGAGUCUUAUGGUACUCUUGAAACUCUGCUGGCAGUUGUAAACCGUUUGAAACUAGGGAGCUAAUCUGAAAAAUGUAGUAACCAUUGUUAGGUAGUGACAUUUUAUAUACACUUUUUUUCCCCAUCAUUUAGAUAUACUACAUUAGUAAGAAUACUUAGUUACAGUAACUUGAAGGUACUCAUAAUCUGGAAACUUCUUGGCAAUAUUGGAAUCCUUCUUGUAAAUAGUAUGUAAUAUAAGACAUUGUGACAGGGUUUGGAUGGGAUACAUGUCAUAUGGGUAGCUCUUUAAAUAUAGGUAUCCUUUUUCCGUAUCUACACAUGGAAAAUUGGGAAAAUUUCUGAAAGAUAGGAUAGAGAUCCUUUGGAUACCAACUUGGUAAAGACUUUUCUGGUAUUAAAUGUGUAUGUACAGACUUGGGUGUGCUAAUUAAUGAUUUGUUCUACCUCUUAAACUUUUGAAACUGUUUUGCUGUGUACAGUUGUACAUGUGUUAAUAAUCAAAAUGUUGCAGUCAUGUAUUUCUGUAAACUAUGAGCUUUGUUAAUAAAAGUAUUAAUAUUUUGGGAAUA